AUGGCUGACUAUCAAGAGGAAGACCUGCAGAAAUUUCUUAAAAAUGUGGAUGAAAUCACCAGUUUAAUUCAGGAGAUGAAUUCUGAUGAUCCAGCCGUACGCGAGAAAGCGGUCCUUGAGACGGAAAAGAGACUGCAGCUUCCAGAGGGGGACCAGGAGGAGGACGAGUGCAGGACCACCAUGAACAAGACCACGAUCAGUCCACCGAAAGCUCCCAUGAAGUAUUCGGAUUUUUCUUUUUUAAUAUUUGAAAUCACUCUGUUGUCAGAAGCCUUCUUGGCAUCUCUGGAGAAGGAUGCUAAAGAACGUGCCAAAAGAAGAAGGGAAAACAAAGUCUUAGCAGAUGCCCUGAAAGAAAAGGGGAAUGAAGCAUUUGUCAGAGGUGAUUAUGAAACAGCCAUCCUGUGCUACAGUGAGGGUUUGGAGAAGCUGAAGGACAUGAAAGUUCUGUACACCAAUCGAGCUCAGGCUUAUAUCAAACUUGGGGACUACCGGAAGGCACUGGUGGAUUGUGACUGGGCUCUGAAGUGUGAUGAAAAAUGCACAAAAGCGUAUUUCCACAUGGGAAAAGCCCACCUAGCCCUAAAGAACUACAGUGAGUCUAGAGAGUGUUAUCAGAAGAUCUUAGAAAUAAACCCCCAGCUGCAGACACAGGUAAAAGAUUACCUAAAUCAGGUAGAUCUUCGGGAGAGAGCAGACCUUCAAGAGAAGGAAGCCCAGGAGUCACUGGACUCAGGAAAGAACUCGGCCGUGACGACCAAGAAUCUUCUGGAUACUCUUUCCAAGCCUGAUCAGAUCCCUUUGUUCUACGCAGGGGGGAUUGAAAUCCUGACUGAGAUGAUGAAGGAUUGCACAGAACGAACUUUAUUCAGAACAAACAAUGGAUUCAGUAUCAUCAGUGAGAAUGAGGUCAUAAGAAGGUGCUUUUCUACAGCAGGAAAAGAUGCUGUGGAAGAGACGGUGUGCUUAUCUGUUCUCCGACUCUGGCAGGCCGUGUGCAGUGAGAACGAGGAGAACCAGCGCCUGCUUGUGCUGCGCCCGGACACGGGCGGGCUCCUGCCCUCCCUCCUGACCUCCAGGGUCCCAGCCAUCCGACAGCAGAGCCUGGCGCUACUGCUGCAGCUCACCCAAACGGAGAAUGGACGGAACCUGAUCAUCGGCCACCUUGACCUGAUCCGGUUGUUGGAAGCUCUGGUGUCGUUCCUUGACUUCUUAGAUAAAAAGGCCAACUCAGCCAUGGGACUGCUCACAGACUUGGCUCUGCAAGAAAGAUUUCAAGUCUGGUUCCAGACCAGCCUUCCAGACGUCCUUCCGGUGCUGACAGGCGUGCUGAAGAGAGAUCCCAAGGUCACCAAUAUAUCAGCUCUCUGCCAGUGUCUUGCCAUCAUGGGGAACUUCAGUGCUGAGGCUGCUGCCCAAAGACAGAUGUCUGCCUCCGAAGACUUUGGGGCUGCCUGCUUGGGUCUCAUGGCCAAGUGUGAGGAGAAUGCGGACCUGUUCAGGGACGUCAUGUAUGCCCUCCUGGGGCUCGUGAUGAACCUGUGUCUUCAGUCCCCCCUUGUCUCCGAGGUUUGGGCCAUGGAGGUGAGCCAGAAGUGCCUGUCUCUGCUGAAUAGCCAGGAUGGAGGAAUCCUCACUAGAGCUGCUGGCGUUCUCAGCCGCACCCUUUCUUCCUCUCUGAAAAUUGUUGAGGAGGCCCUCAGAGCAGGAGUGGUGAAGAAGAUGAUUAAAUUCCUGAAGGCAGGAGGCCAGACUGCGUCACGUUACGCAGUAAAGAUACUCGCCAUCUGCACAAAUAGUUAUCACGAAGCACGAGAAGAAGUGAUAAGACUGGAUAAAAAGCUCGGGGUUCUGAUGCGGCUGCUGCACUCGGAGGACGAGACCCUGGCGGGCAACGCCGCCCUCUGCCUGGGGAACUGCAUGGAGGUGCCGCGCGCGGCCUCGUCCCUGCUGUCCACGGACAUCGUGCCCGUCCUCCUGAAGCUGGCAGGCAGCGAUGCCCGGCAGACAGCCGUGCAGCUGAACGCGGGCAUCGCCCUGGGGAAGCUGUGCACUGCGGAGCCCAGGUUUGCUGCUCUGCUGAGAGAGCUUCAUGGGAUGGAAAUUCUCAACUCUACCAUGAAGUACGUGGAGAGUUCUUGA